CUGGCUCCGGCUCUGGCUCAGCCCCGGGAGCCGCAGCGAAGCUCGGCCAGGCCGCGCGUGCGCCCCUCCCUCCCUCUCUCCCUGCCUCUCUCUUCCUGCCUUCCUUCCUGCCUGCCUGCCUUCCUUCCUUCCCUGUCUGCCUGCCUCUCCUCCGGGAGCGCAUCCGCCACCGCCGCAGCGGGGCCCAGCGCACAGCCGCGCAGGACGGGAGCCGCUGGCUCGACUGCCGCCACCCGGAAAGGCCUUGGGCAGAGAGGGAUCGGAGCAGAGACCCUGCCGGGCGCGGGGACAUGGUGACGGGAUGGCCCGCAUCGCAGACGCCUUCCCUCUGCACCUGCUCGUCUGGCACAACCGGCACCAGGCGCUGGACAGCGAGCUGCGCAAGGGACAGCAUGAUAUUGAGAUGUUGGACCCACGUGGCCGAACACCACUGGAGCUGGCCGUAUCUUUGGGGAACUUGGAAUCUGCCCGAGUGCUGCUGCGACACAGCGCCACUGUCGGCCAGGAGAAUGCCAAUGGCUGGACAGUUCUGCAGGAGGCCGUGAGUACGGGAGAUCCAGAGAUGGUACAGCUGGUGCUUCAGUAUCGCGAUUACCAGCGUGCCACACAGCGUCUAGCUGGCAUCCCAGAAUUGCUCAAUAAACUACGCAGAGCUCCUGAUUUCUAUGUGGAAAUGAAGUGGGAAUUUACUAGCUGGGUUCCCCUGGUCUCCAAAAUCUGCCCAAGUGAUGUGUACCGGGUGUGGAAGCGAGGGGAAAACCUGCGGGUCGACACAACCUUACUGGGCUUUGAGCACAUGACCUGGCAGCGGGGCCGGCGCAGCUACAUCUUUAAAGGCGAAGAUGAGAAUGCCGUGGUGAUGGAGGUCGACCACGACAAGCAGGUUGUGUACACGGAAACGCUGUCGCUGGCCUUGCACGAGCCUGAGCUGAUGCUGGCUGCCAUGCAGCCUUCCGAGGAGCAUGUGGCCAGCCGGCUCACCUCUCCUAUCGUCUCCACCCACCUGGACACCAAGAACAUUGCCUUUGAGCGGAACAAGUCUGGCAUCUGGGGCUGGCGCUCAGAGAAAAUGGAAAACAUCAGUGGCUACGAAGCCAAGGUUUACAGUGCCAGCAACGUGGAGCUUGUCACCAAAACCCGUACUGAGCACCUGUCGGACCAGGACAAAACACGCAACAAAGGCUCCAAGACUCCAUUCCAGUCCUUCCUGGGGAUCGCCCAGCAGCAUGCUGCACAGAACGGGGCCCCUGUGCUGCAGUCUGCCAACCCCACCAACCCAACAUCGAUUACCCCGGAGGAGUACUUUGACCCCAACUUCAACCUGGAGUCGCGCAAUAUUGGCCGCCCUAUUGAGAUGUCCAGCAAGGUGCAGAGGUUCAAGGCCACACUGUGGCUCUGCGAGGACCACCCCCUCUCCCUGGGGGAGCAGGUGACACCCAUCAUUGACCUGAUGGCGAUCAGCAACGCCCACUUUGCCAAGUUGCGGGACUUCAUCACCCUCAAGUUGCCUCCGGGAUUUCCUGUCAAAAUCGAGAUCCCCCUCUUCCAUGUGCUGAAUGCCCGGAUCACGUUUAGCAACUUGUGCGGCUGCGAUGAGCCACUGAGCUCCGUGCGGAUCUGUACUCCCCCACCCACACCGGAGAGCACUGAGGAGCCGGGCGCCGGGGCAGAGGCAGCCAGCAACACCAGAGUGUACCCUUUUCCCUGUGAGGUGGACCCAUCGGUAUUUGAGGUGCCCCAGGGCUACACAAUGCUGGGCGCAGGCCGUACAGAACCCAUGAGGGACGAGGAUGAUGACUUGCUCCAGUUUGCCAUCCAGCAGAGCCUUCUGGACGCAGGCACAGAGACAGACCAGGUCACCAUCUGGGAAGCUCUGACCAACACACGGCCGGGAUCCAAUCCCCCAUCCUAUGAUGAAGAACUGCAGCUGGAACGGGCUAUCCAAGAGAGCAUGUUCCUUCAGACAGGGCCAGGCCUGGGCACCAUGGAGUCGGGCGGUGGCAGUGUGGUCCCUCCUCCCGAGGGCAGCCCAGCGCUCAGCACCAAUGGAAGCAGCUCCUCGGUCCUGCCUCCCCCUUACCCCAGCUUUGACGAGCAGCUGCGUUUGGCCAUGGAGCUGUCCUCGAGGGAGCAGGAGGAGCGGGAGCGCCAGCGCCGGGAGGAGGAUGAGGAGCUGCAGCGCAUCCUCCAGCUGUCCCUGACGGAGAAGUAGCAUCCCAGCCUGCCAGCAAGGGGCCCCUAAGCCUCCCUCAAGCCUCACGUGACCCAGCCUAACUGUCCUUGCCGUCAUUAUAUUUUUAACCUCUUGGGAGGGUGGGGUGGGGUUCCAUGCUUUGCCCCUCUCCUGUCCGGGUCUGGCUGGAUGUGAGAAGACAGCACCUUCUGCAUUUCCUGGGACUCACUUAGUUCCAUCCUCUGGUCUUAUUUCCUGUAAGAUUUUUUUUUAAUUGCUUUAUAUCCUCAUCCUUCACUGAGGAAAUGUUUUAUACAGCACAGAGGGAGGCGGGGUAUGGAGAAGAAGAGAAGCAGCAGAUAGAGAGGAAGGCCAAAAAAAAGAGAAAAGAGGAAGAUGUCAAGGAAAUUUUAACCACCUUGACCUGAGUGUGAAGUUUUCUGGGACUGGAGUACACACACUGUUUUCUGUGUCCUUCCAAGGGUUCGGACCUGUUGGGGACAGGGCAAUAGAAAGGGUGGAGUCCUGGAUCCUGUUGUGUUGAUGUUUGCAAUGAGGCCUGAAGCUAGGCUAAGUUUGGCAAAUAAUUUUCACUCCUGCGUUCCCCCUCCUCAUUGUGAGCUGCUGCUCUCCCUCUACCCCGCGUGUUUAAUUUAUUUUAUUUAAAACUCUGAAGAUAUAUACAAGGAGGAGUGGAAGGUGUGUAUUUUUUUUUAACUGAAUCCAGUGGGUCUAAAGGGAAGAGCUGCAGUUAUGCUCAAGCAGUGUUCUCCUGCCGUCUAGGGACCAGGCACAUGGGGCCUCUCGGCAGCAGGAACUACUAAAUAAAAGUAAGAAACCAGCA